AUGAAGAAAAUCUGGCAUUACGCGUUCUACAAUGAACCUCGUGUCGUACCUGAAGAACAUCGCAAAUAUGCAAUCUUCCGUUUUGAGCUUGGCGGUAGUGAACUAACUGAUUAUAUAAUGAGGAUUCUUACGGAACGUGGCUAUUCUCCCACCACCACUGCAGGUCGUGGAAUUGUACGUGACCUUAAGAAAAAGUUGUGUUACACACCUCUCCAUUUUGAAGAGGAAAUGGCCAGGGCUGGCUCAACGUUCUCUGUCGAUAAAACGUUUGCGCUUCCUGAUGGAGAAUUGAUUUCCAUUAGAGAUGAACGUUUUCGUUGUCCUGAAGCUUUCUUCCAGCCAUCGCUCCUUGGGUUGGAAUCCACUGAAAAUUACGAAAUGGCCUUCAACUCAAUCGUGAAGUACAAUGUCGGUAUCCGCAAGGACUUAUGUGCGAAUAUGAUCUCGGCAGGUCUUGCUGAGCACCUACACAAAGAAAUGACUACUCCAAUUCCAAGGCUUGACGUCGAUGGAAAUCAGGAUCCUUGCCCUUCCUGA